AACCCGAGAAGGGUAGGCUAGGCCACAGGCUUCGUUUUGAUAAGGCCAGACCUCGGACCCUGUAGCUCCCAUUUGUUCAGGACCCCGCCCAGAGACAGUACACUCAGCCAGCACCCAGACCGCAGAGUCAAGAGCCCCUAGGAGCCAAGUUCAGAAACAGGAGCAUGGCCGAGGGAUUCAAGAAGUAUUUCAAUGGCACCACCAUCAAUGGGCGAGCCAAUGUGGCCAAAGCCACGUAUGGCACGUUGGCGUUGCUGUACAUCGUCUACCGGAUGCGGAAGGGUGGAUCCAAGCAGCAGUCCCAGCUGGCCAGCGGCAAGUGCCACUGCGAGAACGAGUCGGACACGGCGCCCCACUCCGAUCCUGGCAUCUAUGAAGUGGAUCCCGAUUGCUCGGUCUGCCGGGAGCGAUCAGAGAAGGCAAUGACCGAGUACGACAAGGAACAGCAGCGCAGAUCGGCCCACGAAGACGAUGAUGGCUGUCGCGACGAUCCCCCACCGCCUCCGUCCGGCGGCCACCCGCGUCGCAAAUGCCCAUGCGAGGAGCCCAGUCGCCGUGUGGAGGGAUCUGUAAAGCACAGUAGCCACCACAUCACCGGAAACUCCUCCGAAAGCUACAAGGGACGGGGUCAACAGUUCCAGACACCGUAUCAGUACCAGCAGCGAUACAGUCAGACCAGUGCUGCCGGGCAGGCCGAGGCGGAGCAACUGCGCCCGACCAGUGCGCUGGUGGGCCAGGUGCACGACGCUGUCUACCGGGUGUUCCGCGGCGUAGUGGGCGCCAUGUUCGGCGGCUCAACGACCAGUGCGGGGAGCGGCGACAAGGCGGAAGGCCAAACGCCGAGAGGCGCCGGCUUGGCAUCGGAUCCGUCGGCCACGUCCCAGUCGUCCUCCGUGCUGGAAGAGCAGGAGGACGAGGAGGACCGCGAUGAGGGCCUGGACUACGAUGACAGCGAGGAGACGCCUCUGAAGCGGCGGACUGCCCCCCGAUCCUGUGUGCCGACCAACCACGACAUGCCGGGCGUGGUGGGUCUCGAGGACGGGCACUACCUCUACCACCAGCAGCCAGAGGAGUCCCCCUACUCCGCCUCCGCCCGAAAUCAAGCUCAUCCCGGAUCGGAAUCGUCCAAGUCGCGUCAGAAUGAAAACGAUUAUAGCGGCUUCACCGACGGCUUCGCCUCCGGGCUAUUCUUUGGCGACGAGGAUCAGUAGAGGGAGUGAAUUCCAGGACCAGGAACAGUUUCAGCUCGCAAUCUGUGCGGGUGCUUCUGUAAAAUUCAAAAUUUCCAAAUAAACCCGUUAGGGUACUUUUAUGAAGAGCA